AUGACAAUUAAAGGCUAUUAUAGGUACACGGGCAUAAACAUUUUGAAAGGCCAAAGCCACAAAGCCAAAGCCUGUGUGAACGAUUUUUUAGGGCUGCCGGUGAUAUACUACAACACCGUUGGAUUGGAGCCCUACGAGUCCUCGGAUCCCGAAAAGAAACGUGGAAUCCUGUUCCACGUCUAUUUCGCAUUACAGAUAAUCAACUUGAACUUUGGUCUUUCCAUGGAGAUCCUUUUCGUUGUUGUUUCGUUUCAAAACAAUGAGAACUUCCUGGAAUCCUGCCUGGUGAUGAGUUAUAUGUUAUUUGUUGUCGUUGGAGGCUUGAAGUUCACCUCGGUGAUAUUUCGGAAAAAAAAGAUGACUAAUCUGGUGAGACAGCUUGAGUCCUUCUUUCCGGAACCAAAGGAUCAGGAGGAGUAUGCGGUGGGGUAUUAUUUAAAGCGCUGCCAUCGCUACACCAAGGGAUUUGGCGGACUCUAUAUGACCCUGAUGGUGACCUACAACCUCUUUGCCCUCGCCCAGUAUACCAUUCUGAAUCUGCUGAACUCACCGAACGCCAAGCAGUCGCUGCCCUACGUUAACAUGGCCCCCUGGGACUACCAGGCCAACUGGAGAUUUUACUUGACCUACCUUUCCCAAUCGGUGGCGGGGUAUGUGGCCACGUGCGGCCAUAUUUCCGCGGAUCUCAUGAUCUUCGCGGUGGCCAUGCAGGUUAUUAUGCACUUCAACCGACUGACUCGGGCUCUCAAGGAAUUUCAGGUGCAGGACUGUUCAGGAUGGAAGGAAAGAGCUGACGAGGACCUUAAGAAGCUGCGGUCUCUGAUUUCUUAUCACAACAAAGUUCUUGGGAUCACCGAUGUGAUGAACGAGGUCUUUGGCAUUCCACUUCUUCUGAAUUUUGCGGCAUCCUCGAUGCUCGUUUGCUUUGUGGGAUUUCGGAUGACCGUCAGCAUCAGUCCCGAGGUCUUUGCUAAAUUAAUGUUGAUCAUGAUUUCGGCCACGGUGGAGAUAUACCUGAUCUGCUCAUUUAGUCAAAUGCUGAUCGAUGCGAGUGAAAGCGUUUCGUUUGCAGUCUACGACAUGAAUUGGACGCAUGCAGAUCUACGUUUUCGAAAAAUGCUUAUUUUUAUUGCCCUCAGUCAAAGACCGGUAUGCCUAAAAGCAACCGUUUUUGUUGACGUUUCUAUAGAAACCAUGAGUUCCUUUUUGCAAACGUCGUAUAAAUUCUUCUGUGCCAUGCGAACGAUGUACCAGUAA